AUGUUGCUGCUUCAGUGCAGAGAUACAGCCUCUCUUCCGAAGCCAUGCAACCUGGUACCAAAUGUAAAAAUGAAGAUUCUCCUUGUGUUUCUGGGUUUGCUUGGUAGCUCUGCUGCCAUGCCAUUCCAGAUGCCGAUGCCCCGAAUGCCUGGAUUUAGCAGUAAAAGUGAAGAGAUGAUGCGAUACAAUCAAUUCAACUUCAUGAAUGCCCCACCCAUGAUGCACAUGGGCCCAUAUGGAAACGGUUUACCGAUGCCUCCGCACAUGCCUCCGCCCUACCCUCCAUACCACAUGCCCAUGUGGCCGCCGCCAGUACCCAAUGGAUGGCAGCAACCCCCAAUGCCCAAUUUCCCGAGCAAGACGGAUCAAACCCAGGAGACCGCCAAACCCAACCAGACCAAUCCACAAGAGCCACAGCCACAAAAGCAGCCUGUAAAGGAACCACCAAAUGAAGCAGCCCGGGCCAAAGAGGAAGCUCAGCCACCUCAGCCAUUCCCACCAUUUGGCAAUGGGCUUUACCCCUAUCCACAACCCCCAUGGCCAGAUCCACAGAGGGGACCACCGCCAGCAUUUGGACGUCCAAAGUUCAGCAAUGAAGAAGGAAACCCUUACUAUGCAUAUUUUGGAUAUCAUGGCUUUGGGGGUCGUCCUUAUUAUUCAGAAGAGAUGUUUGAAGAUUAUGAAAAGCCCAAAGAAAAAGAUCCUCCUAAACCAGAGGACCCACCCCCGGACGACCCACCCCCUGAGGCCUCCACUAACUCAACUGUGGCUGAGGCUAACGCCACUCAAUCAAUUCCCGGAGGGAGUCAAGGCGGAAAUGACACUAGCCCAAUAGGAAACAGGGGCCCUGGGCCGAAUGCUGGAAACAGCCCUACAGUUCAAAAUGGUGUCUUCCCUCUCCCUAAAGUUAAUGUUUCGGGACAGGGAGUAACGAGAAACCAAAUUCCAUGGAGACCAAGUCAGCCAAAUAUUUAUGAGAAUUAUCCUUAUCCGAAUACGCGAAAUUAUCCUGCAGGACGACAAUGGCAAACCACUGGUACCCAGGGGCCCAGACAGAAUAAACCUGGUCACCGAAAUCCACAAGUCCAAAGGGGUCCCCAGUGGAAUUCCUUUGCUUGGGAAGGCAAAGAAGCUACUCAUCCAGGAAAUCCAACUUAUCACAAACCUUCCCCUCCUACUUCUAGAGGUAAUUAUCCCAGCUAUGCAGGAAAUCCAGUAAAUUUUGGAAGAAACAAUCCGGCAGCAAAUAAACCCUUUGUGGGAACCAAUCCGGCAGCAAAUAAACCCUUUGUGGGAACCAAUUCGGCCUCAAAUAAACCCUUUGUGGGAACCAAUCCAGCAGCAAAUAAACCCUUUGUGGGAACCAAUCCGGCCUCAAAUAAACCCUUUGUGGGAACCAAUCCGGCAGCAAAGAAACCCUUUGUGGGAACCAAUCCGGCAGCAAAUAAACCCUUUGUGGGAACCAAUCCGGCAGCAAAUAAACCCUUUGUGGGAACCAAUCCAGCAGCAAAUAAACCAUCUAUAGGAACCAAUCCCGCAGCAAAUAAGCCAUUUGUGAGACACAACGCAGCCUCAAAUAAGCCAUUUGUGGGGGCCAAUGCAGCCUCAAAUAAACCAUUUUUGAGAAACAACGCAGCCUCAAAUAAACCAUUUGUGGGGGCCAAUGCAGCCUCAAAUAAGCCAUUUGUGAGAAACAACGCAGCCUCAAAUAAACCAUUUGUGGGAACCAAUGUGGCCUCAGUGGGUCUUAAACAGGUUACUGUUAGCCACAAUGUGAAAACCCAAAACCCAAAGGAAAAGUCACUAGGUCAGAAAGAAAGAACAGUCAAUCCUACAAAAGAUACAGCCAGCCACUGGAGAGGCUCUCAACAAUAUGGAAUUAACAAGCCAAAUUAUAAUUUGCCUCACCCUGAGGGUAGCAUGGUAGGGCCAAAUUUUAAUUUGUUUGAUCAGCAAGAAAACUCCUACUUUCCAAAAGGAGAUUCUAGAAGAACACCAAGUCAAAAUAUACAAAUCCAAAGCCAGAAUUUGCCCAAAGGAAUUGCUUUGGAGCCAAAAAGAACCCCAUUUGAAUCGGAAACUAAGAAGCCUGAAUUAAAGCACAGUACACACCAGCCUGCAUACCCUAAGAAAAUCCCAUCUCCUGCAAGAAAACAUUUUCCUGCUGAAAGAAAUACCUGGAAUCGCCAAGUAAUCCCUCCACCAUUAAAGAAAAAUCAUAGGAGGCAACAAAAAAAUUUACUUCAUCCUUCCUAUGGCUCCAGAGGAAACAUUUUUUACCAUGAAUAUAACAAUCCUUAUCCUAAUGAAAACUCACCAUACAUUAGACAAAAUGCAUGGGAUAAGAGGGUUGGCUCUCCCCAUAUUGUGGGGCAACCAGAACAUCCACAGUACCCCAUGAAUUCUCUAGACCAGAAGGAGACAGAGCAGUACAAUGAAGAGGACCCAAUUGAUCCAAAUGAAGAUGAAUCUUUUCCAGGACAAAGUAGAUGGGGUGAUGAUGAGCUGAACUUCAAAGGAAAUCCAACAGUUCGGCAGUAUGAAGGUGAGCAAUACACCUCAACCCUACCAAAGGAGUAUCUUCCCUAUUCCUUGAGUAAUCCACCAAAACCCAGGGAAGAUUUUCCUUACAGUGAAUUCUAUCCCUGGAACCCACAUGAAACUUUUCCAAUAUAUAAUCCAGGUCCUACUAUAGCCCCGCCUGUGGAUCCUGGGAGUUUUUAUGUUAAUAAUGCCAUAGGACAAGAAGAAAGCACUCUCUUUCCUUCCUGGAACUCCUGGGACCACAGGAAUCAAGCACAGAGGCAGAAGGAAAGUGAACCAUAUCUCAACAGAAAUGUCUGGGAUCAGUCAAUAAAUUUACAUAACUCUAAUAUACCAAACCAUCCUUAUUCCACUAAUUCCCCUGCCGGAUUUCCAAAAGACCCAACAUGGCUUGAAGGUGAGAAUUUGUACUAUGAUUUGCAAACUACUGGCUUAAGUCCACCAGAGAGAGAACAGUUGGCUUUCCCAGACCUCAUUCCUCAAAGUUACCCAUCAGGCCAAAACGAUGCACACUUAUUUCACCAAAAUCAGAGAGGUUCCUGCUGUAUUGGCGGCUCCACGGGACAUAAAGACAAUGUGCUGGCCCUACAAGACUACGUGUCGUCCUACGGUCUUGCGCCAAGGGAGAACCAGGAAACCAGUCCUGUGUAUACAGAAAACAGCUAUACCAAGUAUGCAAGACCUAACAUCUCCCCAACAAGCAUCCUACCGAGUCAAAGAAACAUCUCAGAGAACAAACUAACUGCGGAGAGCCCAGACCCAAGUCCUUUUGGAGAUGGUUUGCCUAGUCUGAAGGAAAACACACCACACUCUGGAAAGAACCAACUGGAGACAGGACUUGUGGCCUUUCCUGAAGCCAGCUCUUCUCAGCCAAAAAAUGUACCCUGUCUUAAAAGUGACCUUGGAGGAGAUCGGAGGGAUAUUCUCAAACAAUUUUUUGAAGGCAGCCAGCUCAGUGAAAGAACUGCUGACCUUACUCCUGAACAGCUCGUUAUUGGGAUCCCUGAUAAAGGCUCUGGCCCAGACAGCAUAAAAAGUGAAGUCCAAGGAAAUGAGGGUGAGAUGCAGCAGCAAAGACCACCUACCAUCCUGAAAGUACCAUGCUUUAACUCCAAAUUAGCAAAAUUUCACUCUUCUAGCACUGGACCACCAACUAACACUGGAAAACAAAGCCUACUUAAUGGUGCUCUCCCUAUACCUACUGAAAAUCCGAACAAAUUGGUUGGGUUAGCUACUAGGGAACAAAUUAAAAGUAUAAAUGUUGACCAACUUAAUGCAGAUGAACGCAUUACCUUUGAAUCUUUUCAAGAAACCAGUCCACAGGACCAAAUACAAGGCUGCUUACUGCUUCAGGCUUAG